UCUUCCUCAUCUCAAAGAACUCACACAUCCAUCACCACUUUCUAUUAGUGGGCGCAUCUCACUCAAUUUCAGUGUUAUUCUGAAUUUGUUCAUUCCUUUUGGAAACUUGUGACGAAGUUCCCAUUCUUGUUCUCAUUUUUGCUUUGCAAACUUAAUUGAGUCGCAGUUAUUUUAACUUCUUGAUACUACUCAUUUAGUUUCAUUCAUUUUGUUCCAGCUUUCAGGGUUUUGAAACUUAAGGGUGGUGGUGGGGUUGGAGGGGAAUAGGUGCCAUAAGAGAUUUCUAAUUUCUUCAAGACGAUGAUCCUUGCAUUUAAUGGAUGCACUCUGUGGAAGUGUCACUUGACAUUUGAUAAAAAAUCUGUUGUAGACAAAAGCUUCUAUUUCUGGAUCUUCCAAAUCUUUAAUAGAUAUAGUCUUGGCACCUAGCAAUAAUUAUGUCCUAAUCCUUCCAAAAGAUCCUGGAAACUACUUUUUUUUUAAUCUCUUGCUAUAUAGCUUUGGUUACUUUUUCUUCAUCAGCUUCACAAUUUUUUGUGACUCUUUCUUUCAAUAUGGGAGGGGCAACACUGCCGCCAGGAUUUCGUUUCCAUCCAACUGAUGAGGAACUAGUGGGAUACUACCUUAAAAGAAAAGUAGAAGGGCUUGAAAUUGAGCUUGAAGUUAUCCCUGUGAUCGAUUUUUACAAAUUCGAUCCCUGGGAGUUGCCGGAGAAGUCUUUCCUUCCAAAACGGGAUAUGGAAUGGUUUUUCUUCUGUCCACGGGAUCGCAAGUACCCAAAUGGAUCAAGAACAAAUAGAGCUACCAAAGCUGGGUAUUGGAAAGCCACCGGAAAAGACAGAAAGGUGGUGUGCCAGUCUGAUCCAUCCAAUGUUACUGGGUACCGCAAGACCUUGGUUUUCUAUGCUGGGAGGGCCCCUUUAGGAGAUAGAACUGAUUGGGUCAUGCAUGAGUAUCGCCUCUGUGAUGAUCUUGGCCAACCCACACCUUCUUUCCAGGGUGGUUUUGCCUUGUGCCGGGUUAUUAAGAAGAAUGAGAAAGCAAGUGCUACGAAGGGAGAAAACAAGGGCAAAAGGGCUGCAAGCAGUUCCAUUAAUGGGAGUGACACCUCAGUGAGAUUCUCUGGUGAGCCAUUCAGCAACUCUGGUGAUUCUUCCUCUCAUGCAAGCCAACUGAAUAAUGAGAGUCGUUAUUCAAGCCCAAUUACUUCUCCAUACAAUGUGGCUCCAAUGGGAGAAAUUAACCAAGCUUCUCUGGAAACCGAUCCUUCAAACUUCUGGAUCUCCCCGGACAUGAUUCUUGAUUCUUCAAAGGACUACCCUCAAUUACAGCAUGCUGUAUCUGAAUAUUUUCCACGGUAUGACUUACCAUGUAUGGGGACACAAUGGCAAUCAGUUGAACAUUCAGAAACUCCAUCUAGUUUCUCCUACUCAAAUGUCAAUGGAGAAGUUGAAUUUGCUGAUACUCUCAGUCAAAUUGGCGGCAUGUCACCUUACUCAAGAGAAUGGAAUUCCAUGGACUUCUAUGGAAAUGGAGAUGUCCCUUAUGAAGAUUAUGAUCAAAUUAACUCAAUCUCAUAUCCAUGACCCUUUUAAAAUCUAAAAGCAAAAGGAAGACCAUUCUCUCACUUUUCUUGCAACGCACGGUGUCAAAUUGUGAUGAAGGACUAAUUCAAAGGCCAACAAGUGGAGAUAAGAGCUGGUGAUCUGAAGUUGCAGGAAGGCAAUUUAAGGGUUGUCAUAACUCCUUGUGGGGAUUAGUUAACUAUAGUUUUACUUGGUGUGGCAUUAUAAGGAAUCUGAGACAACGCUUUUUAAUGUAUGUCUUGGAGUGAUAAAUAAUGAGUAGAAUCACCUUGUUGUGUAGCAAGCAGAAAUUAUUUUCUGCCUGAAGUGGUAUUGAUUAUGUUUAUCAUUUACACCGUUAUGUAGGAUCCCCAGGCAACAUCACUUUUAUCCAUAUUGCCGGAGUUGGUUUACAUUCAGCCAUCUGUAUGUGUGGUUCUAUAAAAUAAAGUUAUAUAAUGGGAAAACUUCAUA